AUGCUCGCCACACGCACCCUCCUCGCGCUCGCUGCCUUUGCUGCCUCUGUUUCGGCGUUCACUGUGACUGCCCCGCGCACUGGCCAGAACUUCACCACGGACGGGUCGAAUGUCGUAAGCUGGACAACGGUCGCUUCAGACCGCAAGAACUUCACCAUCGUCCUCUCCAACGGCAACCCCGCGGACAACCAACAACUGAAGGCACUCGUCGACGCGACCAGCGGCACUACGACCGUAGACCCGCCCUCGACAGGCUGGCCCGCGCCUGGGGCUGGCCCGUUCCAGAUCAACCUCGUCCAAGACACACAAAAUCUCAACGCCAUCCUCGCCCAGUCCUCCCAGUUCUUCUUCGCAGCGCCAAAGGUCUCUGCCGCGCCCUCUCCCUCUGGCCCCGUCACCCAGCCACCCCCGCCCACCCAGCAACCGAACAACAACCCCUCCGGCUCUUCCCCGCCUGCGCCAUCCGACAGCGGCCUCGUCACCCCGCCCGCCAACGGCGCUGCGUCUAUGGGUGCCAAUGCGGGCCUCGUUGCCGCGCUCGUUCUCCUCGGCGCAGUCCUCGCUUAG